AUGGUAUCAUCAAAAGAAAGUGAUAAUGCAGCUGAAUUGGACGUCAUGCUUAGUCGUAUGCAAGAGAUGGUGAUUGAUUUUGUUCGACAAGGAGAAAGAGAGUCUAGGCCUGUUGUCCGUUAUCAUAGUCCUGAAUCUUUAUAUGAAGCCAUUGAUUUGAGUCUACCAACUGAUGGCUGUGGUAUUGAUGGUACCUUUGAGCUAAUCAGCAAGACACUAGAUUACAGUGUCAACUCUUGGAAUCCGAGAUUCAUGGAUAAACUGUAUGCUGGCACGAACCCAAUAGGUGUGAUCUCUGAACUCUUGUUGGCUGUCCUGAACAGCAAUGUUCAUGUCUAUCAUGUCUCUCCUGUAUUAACAUUAAUGGAAAUCGAAGUGACAAAAGCCGCAGGCCAACUAUUAAAUAUGGGAAAAAAUGCAGGUGGCCUUCUCUGUCCAGGUGGUUCAGCCUCAAAUUUAUUGGCUCUUGUAACAGCUCGAAACAAAUUGUUUCCAAUGAUCAAGACAGAAGGUUAUUUUCCUCGCCCCAUGAACCCCAAAUCAAGUUACGGAAAACUCAAGAUUUUCACUUCAUUACAUAGUCAUUAUAGCAUUGACAAAUCAGCUCAAGUCUUGGGCUUAGGUACUGAUAAUAUUGUCAAAGUGCCUGUAGACCAGAUUGGGAGAAUGCAAGUGGAUGAAUUAGAAAAAUUAAUUGUAGCAAGUAUCAAUAAAGGUGAAACACCUUUUUUUAUCAACACCACAGCAGGUACUACGGUUUUGGGUGCAUUUGAUCCUAUUCGAGCCAUUGCAGCUGUAGCCAAGAAAUACGAUUGCUGGCUUCAUGUUGAUGGUUCCUGGGGUGGUACAGCUGUAUUCUCAGACACAGUUAGAAAAGAAAAAGACUGGUUUGACGGAUCUGAGUUAGCCGACACAUUUACCUUGAACCCACAUAAACUAUUGGGUGUACCACUCCAAUGUUCGAUGCUCGUAACACCUCACGAAGGCCAUUUACUUUUUGCCCGAGCCAACUCUUUGAAAGCAGACUACCUUUUCCAUGGCAACCCAUAUGACUUGGGUGCUGGUACUAUUGGUUGCGGUCGUCGUCCUGAUGCCUGUAAGAUGUUUUUGGCCUGGAAAUUCUACGGACAAAAGGGGCUGGGUGCGCGUGUGGAUCGUGCGUUACAAUGUGCCUCUGAGUUCACAGAAAUGGUCAAGGCAAGACGAGGAUUUGAAUUGGUCAAAGAUCCUAGUCCAUUUUUGCAGAUAUGUUUCUGGUUCGUGCCACCCGAGUUGCGGGGAGAAAAAGAACUGAAUUUAUCGAAAAUUACAAGAGAACUGCAUAAACGCGUCAAUCAAUUAGGCGAGUUUUUGGUGGACCAUGCACCUCUUGUAGGACAACCAGAUUUCUUUCGCGUGGUCGUGAAUGCGCCUACAGUUGGCUUGCAUCGUGACUUAGAACGACUCCUGGAUACUAUUGAAGGAGUGAGUGCAACAAUUGACUGGAAAACGAUAUAA